AUUGCACCAGCAAAGCUGUAACUAAAUAAUGUAAAAUUUCAAAGUGAAAAUGUUUGUAGUCAUAGCAACGAAAGGCAUUGGGGGAUCUUCCACCUAUCACACAUAAAACAGCUACAGAGUCAAUAAGGAGUUAAGAUCUGGGUGCUAGAGCCCGUAACGCCACAGAUUCAACAACCACCCACCGUCUAUAGCCGGUUAUCUACAUGUCUCAAAAGGAGCUGAAAACAGUUGGACAAUUAACCCAGCCUUACAGAGACUCAAAGGAUCUCGAUAAAUUGGUAGAAUGUUUCUUUACUUGGAAGGAGAAAAUUCAGAAGUUGGAAGAUGAGAACUUAACUCUCCAAGAAGAAUUGCGUGCGUAUAAAGAACAAGAACAUACUGUACAUGACCACGAGAAACAUCUUCAAGAAGAAAUUUCUUCUUUGAAGAAUGUGGUGUUAAAUCUACAAGACACUAUCACAAAACUGGGGUUACUAAAAGGAGAAAACCGGGCUUUGAAGAAUGAUCUCCAAAAACUGAGUGUGGAAAAAGAUAAAGAAAUUUUGCAUCAUGAAAAACAGCUGAAAAUGUUGUAUGAAAAACAAAAUCAACUAGAAACAGAGAAAGACCAAGAAAUCAAAGAAAUACACAGAACAGCAGAAGAAAAAGUUAGAGUCGAAAAAAACUUGCACACAAAGGAACUUGAAACAAAGCAGAUGGAAGUAACGAAUUUGAACAAAGAAAUCGAAGACGUUAAAAAAAGGAUGAAAAGUGAAAUUACAAAGCUUCAAGUAGAGUAUGAAGGUAAAGUGAAUCACCUCCAAGACCAGAUUGUAAAGACAGCAAACCAGUCCAACUCCAAUCAACUCGGAAAUGGAAGCGAAAUAUUCAGAAAAAAACUUCAGUUCUUGAAAAUGCAGCAUGAAAAAGAGGUGAGAAGGAUGAAACAACAGAUUCAAGAGCUCCAAAACAAACUCCAGAAAGCAGAAGAUAAAACGUUUGAUACUGUGAGGGAUUACCAACCACAAAAUUCUAAUAGUACAAUACGAAAAAAAGUUAGCGAAGAAACCAGGAACUCAAAAAUGACCAGGGAAACAGCUAACACUAAUGCUACUGAACCAUCAAAACAGACAAGUUUACUUAACAGAAACCCUGUCGUUAUUACUCCAGAAAAAUCCAUCACAAUAAACACACGUUCAGGAAAAAAUUCUGAACUUACCAAUUCAAAUUCUUCUGAUAAGUUACAGGUGAGAAAAAGAAAACUUUUUCAUAAUGACCGUGUGUUCUUGGAUCCAAGCGAUUAGUGUAACAAUGUUUAUAUUACGUUUUAGAGUUUAUUUUUCACUGUGCUGCCCGUUUAAGUUGUGUGCACAUUUGUUUUGUUAUAUUUCAUCUUACAUCACUGAUAAUUGAAAAAAACGUGCGGGUUAAUUUCUAAUUUUGAAAAUACCACUUUUAAUAAACAGUUGUGUUUUA